CGUUUGUUUUGUACUUCGCUUAGCGACGCCUCAGUGAGCAUAGCAGCGGACACACACACACACACACACUUCAGGACAUUUUUAACUACUUAGGCUCAUAUAAAAGAGGGGAAAAUGGUUGUGUCAGUAGUUUAUCUCACUGUAACUUGAUCGUUUAUUCAGGGUUUGGCGCUGUGAAGCUGAACUGCUAGGUUGUAGGUGAAUCACUGAGGAAAAGAGGCGCUAGCUGGCUAACCCCCGACAGCUAAAUUAGCUAGUUAGCUUUAGCUGUUAAAAAGAAAGAAAUAUGCGAGCUGAUUUUUAGCGAGACUGAAACACUUUGUAAGAGGAGCUGUGUUUAACAGACAGGCGAACAAGCUGGGUUAUUCAGAGGAGAAGGCAUUUCCAGCUCCUCAGAUGAACCUGGUUAGCUAGCGGAAACGGCUGUUAGCUCGCUUUGGAAAAAUUAGCUACUUUGGCACCCGCGCGAGCGUUUCCACACGAGCCUGGUCCGAGGAAUGGCCACCGCUUCCGGUUUCUCUUCUGGCGUGAGCGGCUCGCGGAGCGGCGCGUCUCUGACUGCGUCCUCGUCCGGAGCGGGCGGCCAGGCGCAGGGCAUGGUGGCGGUGUGGGAGUGGCAGGAUGAUGCGGGAUCGUGGCGGCCCUACAGCGGCCAGGUGAGCUGCUUCAUAGAGCAGUGUCUCCAGCAUCAUCGGAGCGCAGGCCCGACUGUCACCACCAUCUCCCUGGGGCAGAGUGACCCGAGCCUGGCCGCCUACAUCAUCGACAUCCCGAGUCUCAAGCAGUUCCGACAGGACACCGGUAAGAUCCGCUCGGUGCGACGCAGCAUCUUCCCUCAGUCGUCUGCACUGGGCAGCGGCGUGCUCUGGGAAUGGGCCAACGACGAGGGCGGCUGGACGGCAUACGAAAUGCACGUCUCUGGUUUGCUGGAGCACAGUUACCUGGCACACCAGACCACGGCUGACUUGGGACCACAUGGCCAUAACUACGUGGUGGACUUCACAUCGCUCGAACAGGUUAACAAGAGCUCCGGCUAUCGGCGGCGCGUGCGCAGGCAGACCGGCCCUCCGUACCCUCCCGCGGCAGCCUCGGGCACGGGCUCGGUAAUCCACUCAGGCCCAGCGUGCACGUGCCAGCAGUGUUUGAGCCACGGACCCAUGCCCGGCCGCUCGCGCCACUCUUUCUCGGCUGGAGCCGGCCCGUCCUCGGCAUACUCUCCGUAUCCCAGAAGGCCGCUCUCUGUAGGGAACAUGGCUUGGGGAGGACCCUGGAGCCCAGCAGCUACGUCUAUGGCUCAGCCUCCAGGGCCGGUGCCGUCCUUUCCGAGUACUCCCAACGGCUCGAGCAUUCCAUCUAUUCCCUUACAGCUGAACGGCUCCAGCAGCGUGAGUGCAGCCCUGGCAGGCAUGGCUUCCAUUUUGAUGUCAGCAGCAGGACUGGGAGUUCGCUUCAUGACCAGCCCGUCCGGCAGGCCCAACCAAGCCCAGGCCAGCUCCGUUAAGAGGGCAAAGAGACAGCACAGGACAGCUGCCCAGAAACCUGAAGACGUCAUUAAGAAGUACAUGGAGGAAAUGCGCGUGAUCCCCGACGAGGACUGCAUGAUUUGCAUGGAGCGUCUGUCGUGUCCGUCCGGCUACGACAGCCCUGAAGGUUGCGGCCAGGCCCUGCAGCCCGGCACGGUGGGCAAAUUCACCAAGUGUGGACACACCUUGCACAUGCUCUGCAUGCUGGCCAUGUACAACAACGGCAACAAGGACGGCAGCCUGCAGUGCCCCUCUUGCAAGACAAUCUAUGGGGAAAAGACGGGCACUCAACCAAAGGGCAAGAUGGAAAUAUACAGCAUCCCUCAAUCCCUCCCGGGCCACCCCGACUGCAGCACUAUACAGAUCAUCUACAACAUCCCACCUGGAAUGCAGGGUCCCGAGCACCCCAAUCCCGGCCAGCCGUACACCUGUCGAGGUUUUCCACGCUUCGGCUUCCUGCCUGACAACGACAAGGGCAGAAAGGUUCUGGAGCUGCUAAAGGUGGCGUGGAUGCGGCGGUUGAUCUUCACGGUAGGCACUUCCAGCACGACAGGCGAGCCUGACACGGUGGUGUGGAACGAGAUCCACCACAAGACCGAGAUGAUGUCGAACGUAUCGGGCCACGGCUACCCGGACCCCAACUAUCUGGACAACGUGCUGGCAGAGCUGGCGGCGCAGGGCGUAACCGAGGACUGCCUGAAAAGAGACACGCCUCGGUCACGUGAGCCCGAGUAGCUUGCCAGACCCCUACGCGAAAUCUGUGCAAUCGCUAACCAAGCUUGACAAUAAAGAGACACCGUGUAAGAUCAUAGUAAGAUUUUGGAGCAUGUAGAAAUGCUUGGAUUAAUGGCGUAUAAUCGUAAGAUGCCGUCACUGGAAGAAAAAAAACAUACAAAAAAAAACAACCUGUAUUGCAUCUUUCGCGAAAAUCACCUAGCUAGGAUUUAAGAACUGAUUCUCUGUAACAUCUAGGUUUUUAAAAAAUAUAUACAUAUAACAAAACGGCUGUGCACGUAGGUCCAACAUACAUGAAAACAGCCUCCUGUCAGUGAUCGUUCUCCAUCGAUUGGUAACACAGACGUUCAGAACCUUUACGAAAUCUUACUUGGUACACGAGAAAAUAAGGGAAGGUCGGUUUACAGUAUGUUUUUAGUGAAUGUAUAUACGCGUAGGUGGUGAUGGGAUCAACGGAGGAUUUCUCCCCGUCACUUCAGUGUUUCUGAACGCUCCGGCGUCUCCAUUUCCGAACAGCUACGUCACUUUUACGAGACCAUAUGAGAGGCAGCUAUGAUUUGGGUUCGAACAUGCAAUUUUCCGUAGCACUUUAGCUUUUGCGGUGCUGUGAAUCAUAAAGGGAUUUCUAAAAGCCAAGUGUAGCUUUAAAAAAAAAAAACCCAACAAAAAAAUAAACAUUCUUUCCCGGCAUGGCAUGUAUUAAAAUACACAGUUUCUAGUACAUUCCGACACUUCUUCCAACUUCCCUAUAACAGAUCUCUUCAUAUAAACCACCAGGGAAAAGAUUGACGAUUCAUGUUUAAAAUAAAAAAGCAAAAAAACCAAAAAAAAAUAGCAGUGGCAUCGUAUAGUGGAGUCGUAUUACAAAAAAAAAAAAAAAAUUAUACUAUGUAAUUAUUGCAAAACAAUGCAAAUAGUUUUUACUAGUACUGUAUUAAUUGUAUUACAAAAUUAAAGUGUUACAAAUUGCGACCAUUUUAAUUCAUGCUUUUUGAAAUGCUUUGUUGCUACUAUUAAUAGGAUAUCUGAAAGCACAAGGGAAUUGUUUUUUGUAUGAUCUAUUAAUGUUUAUGAUGUUUCUCUGCCCCCCCCCCCCCCCCCCCCCCCCCACACACACACACACACAAACACACACAUCUUGCCUCUACAUCUUCCCCCAGACAAAAUUGAAUGGACUCUUCAUUUGGAGAAACUAAUAGCACGUUAACUUAAGAUGAAUAGGGAAAUGAUUGCAGAGCCAGAAUUCCCACAAUGCAGUGCAAGUUCCAUUACUUGCCACAGCUGGUGACACUCUGUCCUCAGUGGCUACACGUUGUGCUGCUCGAAUUUUCUUCCCAAUCAUCAUCUACGACGAGCAUUGGGGGAAAUAAAAUGUAUGCAAACAUCGA